AUUUGGAGUUGUGGUGAUGGCUUCAAAUAUUUGUACUAGGCUGGAAAUUGCAAUAUUUAUGGUGGGAUUCGUUUGUGCGAAUUUAGUGUUACCAAUGUGUGGUAACAUUAGUGAAGUGUUUGAGUACAACUGGGCUCCUAAUCACAUUAUCUCUCAAGGAGACCAGAUCAAGCUAACUCUGGACAAUGUUUCUGGUUGUGGAUUUGAGUCUAAGAAGAAGUAUUUGUUUGGGCAAGCAAGUGUGCAGAUCAAACUAAUUGAAGGAGACUCAGCUGGAACCGUCACCGCCUUUUAUAUGGCAUCGGAAGGGCCUGUUUAUGACGAACUGGAUUUUGAGUUUCUCGGGAAUGUAUCGGGAGAGCCAUACCUAGUCCAAACUAAUAUUUACGUCAAUGGCACCGGCAAUCGAGAGCAAAGGCAUACCCUUUGGUUCGAUCCCACACUUGAUUUCCAUACAUACUCUUUUUUCUGGAAUCGCCAUUUAAUUGUGUACGUGUUUCUUGUUUAUGGAAUUCCCAUACGUGUUUUUACCAACAAAGAAGACAAGGGUGUGCUGUUUCCAAGACAGCAGGCGAUGAGCAUCCGAGGGUCAGUGUGGAAUGCCGAUGAUUGGGCCACGCAAGGUGGGAAGGUGAAGAUCAACUGGACCAAUGCUCCCUUCUUUUCAACCUGUCGGUCUUUCAUCAUCGAUGCUUGCGAAUUAUUGCCUGAAACAGACGAUAUUAUGGCCCAAUGUGGCAAACUCGGACGGUUCUGGUGGGAUAAGCCAGCUUUCGUUGUGUUAAACAGGCAUAGGAGCCAUCAACUUAAAUGGGCUCGCAGAAAGCAUUUGGUUUAUGACUAUUGUAAAGAUAAAGCACGAUUCACUGAGUUACCAAGGGAGUGUAUCAGUUAAAAUUACUGCAAUAACUUUUAAGCAUUUCACAGAUUCUUGCUAGAAUUACUUCAGAGCGAAGAAUCAUUAUCAUAUAAUCGCUUUCAAAAUCCCAUCAAAUGAGUUUAAUUUGCGAAUCC